GUAAAACACUCACUAAUUAACAAUGCAUACGCUGCAGAUAUGUUUCCUUUUUGUACCAAAUUACACUGCUGCAAGAAUUAAAAAAAAAAAAAAAAGGCUCAUAUAUGGGAGUCGGCUCUUUCGCGAACGACACAUUACUGAUUCCCACGCGAAAAGACACAAUUUUGUAAUCAAUGUCCAAAACUGCAUGCUACCCUUGGGUCUAGCUCGUGGUCGACACAGUCAACCUGUUAAAAACUUACUAAACAAAGUAUGAACAGCUUCAGGUUGGAAAACGGAUGUAGUGUAUCCGAGUGCGCCGGUUGAGGAAGUGAAUCCAUAGCAAUGCUGGCCCAGCUGCAGAGGUACGACGAGAUCGCUUUUAGGAAUGACAGCUGUGUGUUUGAUCGCGGCGCUGGUAAUUGCUGUGAAAUCAGAAUAUGUCAUCUCUGAUAAAUGGACUACUGUAGCAGUAAACAGCACUCCACUGGAAACGAACGAUUGGCAUCGAAGGGCAGUUACAGCGACUUCGUCUGCACUAAAAAACAAUGAGUGUGCCAAGGUGAUGACACUACCUCCCGCCCAGCGCUGCGAGUUUGUUCUGAACACCACAGACUGUCAUGUCGAGUGCGGCUUCAUUAAUUACUCCUGGGUCACUUUUUGCUUAUUUCCUCCUAAACUUUUGCCCCUUGCUAUUUUUAUCUAUGUUCUGUGGCUGUUGAUUUUGUUCCUGGUUCUUGGACUGAUUGCAUCAGAGUUUUUUUGUCCCAACCUCUCUGCUAUCUCCUCAACUUUGAGGCUGACACAUAAUGUGGCUGGAGUGACAUUUUUAGCCCUUGGUAAUGGGGCUCCGGAUGUGUUCAGUGCCAUGGCUGCUUUCUCACGUCCGCAGACAGCUGGUCUGGCCAUCGGAGCUUUGUUUGGGGCAGGCAUCUUUGUGACCACAGUGGUUGCUGGGAGUGUUGCCCUAGUGAAGCCUUUCAAUGUGGCAUCUCGCCCUUUCUUGCGUGAUGUCAUCUUCUACAUGGCUGCUGUCUUCUGGACUUUCAACAUUCUCUAUAAGAGAGAGAUUUUACUGGAAGAAGCCCUAGGAUAUUUGGGACUGUAUUUGCUGUAUGUUAUAACUGUGGUGGUGAGUGCAUAUAUUUAUAACUGCCAGUCACGCUCCCUCCGUGAGCCGCUACCGAACACUGCAGAGUUUAGCCAAGAGGAGGAGUUUGAGCCUUUGAUCUCCUCCAAUGAGUCAACCAGUAGGGUUUUCCUGAGAUCUAUUAACCCUUUAGAUUCAAGGAGCUGGAGGAGGAUGCACUGGGGCUGGAAAGUGCUGAAGAUCAUUCAGCUGCCAUUUGAAGUGAUGUUGCUGCUGACGGUUCCAGUUGUGGAUACUGAUAAGAAGGAACAUAAUUGGAAACGUCCUCUUAACUGCCUGCACCUUAUCACUGGGCCACUGGUGUGUGUGCUUACCUUCAACUCAGGGACAUAUGGUCUGUACCUCAUUGAUGGAGAGUUUCCUGUGUGGAUGCUCAUAGCCCUUGUUGGAGCCUUCCUCUCAGGCAUAGUCUACUGUUCUACCAUUAAUGAGCAUCGUCCUCUUUACCACUUUCUCUUCUCUUUACUGGGAUUCAUAGUCAGUGCUUUGUGGAUCAACACAGUGGCUUCAGAAGUUGUGGGAGUGUUGCACCUGCUGGGCAUCGUCCUUCAUUUGAGUAAUACUGUCCUGGGACUCACACUUCUUGCAUGGGGAAACAGCAUUGGAGAUUGCUUUGCUGACAUCACGAUAGCACGGCAGGGCUACCCCCGAAUGGCCAUUUCUGCCUGCUUUGGAGGCAUAAUUUUCAACAUGCUGUUCGGAGUUGGUCUUGGCUGCCUGUUGCAGAUGUUCAAACAUCGUAAUUUCAUUAUGCUGGAGUCAGAGGGUUUGCUGUGUUGGGUGCUGGCAGCAGCAUUGGGUCUCUCUCUGGUCUUCUCAUUUGUGCUUGUUCCUCUGCAGUGCUUUCACCUGAGCCGAGCCUAUGGAAUCUUCUUACUGCUCUUCUAUGUUGCCUUUCUCAUCAUUGCACUCCUUACAGAGUUUGGAAAGAUCCAAAUGUAAACCUAGCACUUAAACUGGUUGUUGUAAAUUGUUUGGUUUAAACAAGAAGGUAGAAUAAGCCAAGAGAUUCAAUUCAUGUUUUUAUUUAAAAUAGUUUAAAAUGAAAUAUUAAAACAUACUAUUUACAAUAAUUUACAGUAUGCUGCCAGAGCUAAUCUGAUUUUAAUUUAGUUAAUUACUAUGGACUGUGGUGACAGGAAGUGCUUUAUUUUGAAGAAGUGAAGGUGUUCAGUGAACCGUUCAGUGUUUGUGCUAGCUUGAGUAUGAAGCCCAAGAUGAAAAGGUCCACCUGCCUUUUUGUUUUCUUUGUAAGCCGCAGCAUAAUAGCCAAUAAAGUGUUCAGUUUGAAUGCCAUCUGUCUUCGCAAUUUUCCAAUGCUUCCACUAUAAAAUACUGGCUGCAUGUAUGCAGGAAGGUUGUUACUAAACUGCAGACUUUUUCAAUGGUGUAAAAGCAGUAAUUUAUUUUUUUAAAAGUCAAAAUCCCAUGUUUUUUUGAAGCAGUGUGGCUGUUGAGUCUGGAUGAUUGAGUUUUAUUUUAAUAAACACAAUCCUUGUUUGGAAAAAGAA